CGUCACGUUUUCGUCUUGAGUGUGAGCGUUUCAUCGUUUCGCUUGAUUCGAUUCGCACUGGAGCGCGGGUCGUAGAAAGCGCGAGUCGAAAUCAAGAGCGACCCCGCGCAGUGGCAAGUCAGUGCAUGAAGAACGAGUAGUCGACGUGGAAGACGAGCGCAGCGUCUACGACGUAUCGAUAGAAGGAUCUGCCGGAAUCUGCGGAAGGAAGAUAGGCGCGGACUCUCUGAAAAGGGACGCGGUGCGAUCGUACCUUUUACAAGGACAAAGUCAAGAGUGUCUCGAUAAAGCAUGAUGCGUGCCGGCUCCCUCUUUCGCAAGAUCAAUGGCUCGUGCACGCUAUCAGCAGUGCAGCGUCGCGCGAGGUCGAUCGCGCCCGCGAUCGAACGUUGCAAGAUGAGGGAUGUGGACAGCGAGUCGCAGCAGCAUGUGCGGCCGUACGAGGAUAUUCCCGGGCCGAAAAAGUGGCCUCUGAUCGGCAACGUUUUCAGAUUUCUGCCGUAUAUAGGUGAAUACGCCAACGUGGAUCUCGUAACGCAGCUGCGGAUGUUCCGCGAGAAGUACGGCAAUGUUGUCAAACUGGAAGGCUUACCGGGCCGGCGGCGUACCGUUUUUCUGUUUGAGCCCGAGCAAAACCAGAUGAUGCAUCGGUUUGAAGGCACCUGGCCGAUGCGAAUAGCCAUGGAGAGCCUGCACCACUAUCGCAUGAGCAGGCCAGACUUCUAUGGUGAUCAAGUCGGUCUGGCAACGGGCCAAGGCAAAUCGUGGCAAGACUUCCGCACAAAGGUCAACCAGUACAUGAUGCAACCUCGAGCGGUCAGGGCGCACGUCACGCAAAUCCACGACGUGACCAUCGAUUUCAUGAAGCUGAUGCAAACGUUGCGGGAUCCCGACACCCUGGAGGUGCCCAACGACUUCUUCAACGAGCUGUGCAAGUGGAGCGUGGAGGCGAUAUGCGCGAUCGCGCUGGACUGCCGACUGGGUUGCUUAAAGCAUGAUCUGCCUGCGAACUCGGAGCCGCAAAUAAUGAUUAAUAACGUGCACGCCAUGUUCGACCUCAUGUACCGCUUAGAAGUUAAGCCGUCCCUGUGGAAGCUAUACAAUACGCGGAAUCUCAAGAAGUUCUUCCGCACGAUGGAUACGCUUAAUGGGGUAGUCAUCAAACACGUCGAUCGUGCUAAGACGAAGUUCAUGGAGCAACCGUCGAACGCGAGCGCGGGUGAACGCAGCAUACUGGAAAAACUGCUGCAUAUCGAUGAGAGAACAGCUCGCGUAAUGGCGGCCGAUAUGUUCACGGCCGGUAUCGAUACGACCGCCAACACGGCCGGUGCCUUGCUGUAUAACAUUGCGAAUAAUCCGGACAAGCAGGAGAUAAUGCGGGAAGAAGCCAAGUCCUUCUUGCCGGACAAAUCGUCCCCCGUCACGCCCGACAUCCUGGAACGCGCGAAAUACUCCAAGGUCUGCAUCAAGGAGUCUCUUCGUCUGUUCCCCAUCGCCAUCGGCUCGCUCAGGACCAUGCAGACGGAUGUUACACUGGCAGGGUAUCACAUACCGAAAGGGGUUGACGUCGUAGCCUGUCACUCGGUAACCGCGUUGGACGAGACGCACUUUCCGCAACCGCAAAGGUUCAUCCCCGAAAGGUGGUUGCGGGACAACACGGACUUCGUAUCAGCCAAGACCGCGCACCCCUUCUCGUACAUGCCUUUCGGAUUCGGCGCUCGCACCUGCAUCGGCCGAAGAUUCGCGGAGAUGGAGCUCGAGACGCUGCUCAUGACAGUCGUGCGAAAUUUCCGGCUUGAAUGGCACCACGAGCCGAUGAAGUACAAGAGCAAAUUUAUAAACACGCUGGGGACACCGCUGCGAUUGAAGAUCAUCGAUCUGUAGAGAGCGUCUCGGGUCCGGGUGUUUCGUACGACAUCUCGCGCUGUGUUUUGAGAGACACGUUGUCGGUUUACCACGUUUCCCGUGACGCUUUCUCGAAAAUUACGGAUACUGACGAAUGCUUCUACUACUGAUGACGACUGCGAGAUCGGCUACGAUCUGUCUGACCCGAAGGGAUUAAUCGGAGUGGCGAAGAUACCAUCGACUGAUCGCGAUUCUUACAAGUUUAAUCUACGUUCGAGGACAGAGAGAGAAAGAGAGAGAGAGAGAGAGAGAGAGAGCUAGUGCGAUAUUUUAUAAAAACUUUUUCGCGACGCGAGCUUAUGUUUAAACGAUAGAAAAAUCUACAAACGAGACAGACGCAAGUCGUCAUAUUAUAAACUGUAUACAUCGAACGUACAAAUAACAUACCUAUCACGUGCAAUCGAACCGCUUUUCAUAGAUAUUAAUGGCUACAAAUUUCGUACUAUUUAUUAAGCGUGGAAAAAUCGACGCGCGAUAUAUCCUAUACGUAUUUUCCGUCGUAUUUUAUGCCGGUCAGCAAUAUUGCCGAUAUUACGAGAAUUUUGAGACAGAUAUAUAUCCACCAACGCGCGUGUGUCGACGCGCAUAUAUUAAAUUAAAUAUUUAACGCUAGCGCGAUGUCACUGAUACAUUAGAUAAAACAGGUUGUUACAGGAGAAAAUGAAUAAUUCGCAACGUAAAGUGGCAACCGCGUACACAAGAGCUAUAAAUUGCCGUUGUUUAAGCAUACGCGACUCUCUCUCUCUCUCUCUCUCUCUCUCUCUCUCUCUCUCUCUCUCUCUCUCUCUCUCGAUCGAUCGAUCCAACGUCGUUACGACGCUAAUUCAGUCACAUGCCAUUUAGUUUAAUUAUACAGGACGCGACAUAAUAACGGCAUUCACAACAAAGUUUCGACAUUACCGCGCUGAUCUGUCGCGAGAGACACCGCCCAGAUGUCAACUAGAAACGAAAUUAGGCACGCAAUAGCGUCUUCGAUAUCGGAACGAUCCGCGAACGCGUGUAUGAGCGCGCAUAAAUUUAUGAAAAUCGUAUAUUUCCAGUGAUCGCGAUGUAAUCCGGGGGGAGAGGGGGGGAGGGACCGACGGUCGUUUUAUGUUACAGCACGGAUGACGCGCGCGAUGCGAUAAUGCAUAAUCGUCAAAACGAAUCUUAAUGCGACCUAGUUCCGCUUACGUGACCUCGAUGCCGACCUAUAGUGGAACCACCGCCGCACCGUGUGCACGUGUGAAGCUAUAUUUUUUUAACGCGUCCUAUGCUUUUCGAUCGCGGAAGCAUAUUGCCGGAGAACGGAGCGUAUUAGCGUGCGCGCGCGCGCGACGGAGAUGCAGACAUACGAGCGGGAAAACAACGCGCGGGAAAAAUAAUGAGCGGGCGAAGGAAAGAGGGAGGAGGAGGAAGGGCGGAACUGGUUGAAGCGAAACGCGGCAAAAUCAGCAACGGAAUAUCAGCCGCGAAAGAAAAAUGAAUAAAAUUCGCGCAUUAAUUGCGCCAAUAGCUCUCGCAAGAGAAUUAAUUUCUUCUCUUUUCGUCCCUCUCUCGUUUUCCUCCUCUUCACCGAACACGUUAUACGCGUUCCCUUUAAACGUAUCUUAAUCAACGCGCGAGCAAUUGAGCAAGGACACAUCAUACAUCAUGCGAAUAUCGCGCCGACUGAGCGAUAAAACGACAAACUUGCCGAGCGUGUUUGGAGUAAGUACGAGAGAAAAUAAAGUGCAAAG